AUGUUACCAAAAAAAGAUUUUUCAAAGUUGAUUGGCCACGUUUGGACACAAGUUGAUCCCUCAGUGUGCGCAGCUGGGUUCAGGAAAGCUAGUAUAUUCCCUUUUAAUAACGAUGCUGUACCUGAACACAAAUUUCACCCAGAUCAGCUCGCAGAAUGGAGAAAACAAAGACUAGAAAGAUGUACUGAGGUGAUUGAGACAUCUAUAGCACCUGAUAUUCCGAAACAUCGCGAUAAUCAACAACUUCAUGGCCCUUCGUGCUCCAAAGACCAGAUAAAUCAUCCACACCAAGCUGAGCUUAGUUCCGAAAAUAACGUGAACAUUGUAAAAGUCCCUUCAUUAAUUGCUUCUUGUUUAAAUUAUUGGAAUCGUCAAACCAAAGAACCUACCGAACCUAACGAACAUCAGCACAAUCAUAAUAAGCUACAAUCUAUUAAGUGCAAAUACGGAGCAAAAACUUUAAAAAUUGUGCCGCUCAAUUAUGACAUACAUCUGCAUGCAAAAAGUCAAAUCAAUUCUAUAAAACGAACAUCACCGGUAAAAAUAAUUGUUCAAGAUGAUCGUCCAGUACAAUGUGAUAUUACAUUUGAGGAACUGUUACUCCAAAAAAUUAAAGCAGACUCCAGUACAACAAAAACACGCACAAAAGUGGCAGAUGGCGCUGAACUUAUUACAAGUGAAGAUGUUUACAUAAAGCAAAAAAAUGAAGAAGAAAAACAGACAAAAAAGCUAAAUAAAAUUAAAAUAAACACGAAAGAGAAAAACGAGGGGAAUAAAUAUACAAAACAGUUUCAAGACACAAAAAGAAAAAAAGUAACAAAACCAAAGGAAUCUGAUCAGAAAACAAAAAAACUGAAAAUAGAUGAGUUUACAAGUGAAAGUGAUAUGGAAAUAGAAUUGAUGGAUGAGAGUGAUUUAGAAAAUUACGAUUUAAAUAAUAUAUUAGACAACGAUGAGGAAAAUGAUGACAUAACAGCAGAAGUUGAAAAGGCAGAUUGCAUUGAAUAUGACGAUCCGUUGACAAGUACUGUUGUCAAAGGACAAUGGGUCUUGGUCAAGUUUGCCUUAAAAACUAGUGUUAAACACUAUGUUGGAGUGGUUACAGAAUUAAAUUGUGAAGGAAAACCAACAAUCAAUUAUGUCAGAAAAAGUAGACACAGAGGGAGCGAGGACAAACUAUGUUUGUUUUUCCACAAGUACCUGACAUAUGCGAGCUCAGACAUCUCUGACAGACAGAUAUUAUAUGUAAACUACCAGAUCCAAUUACAGGUCGAAGAGGACAAAUAUUUUUCAAAAUUACCUUUCAUGGCUAUAACGUUCAGUAGCUUUACUUUUACAGGGUGUAACGGAAAUCUUGAUGCUAGUGUGUCUAAUGAAAAUUCUCCUCUUCCAUCCCCGAAGAGUCCAUACGCUGAAAGCCAACCGUCCCCUGAAAGCAUAUCAUCCCGCACCAAUGCUCCUACGUCGAAUACAUCAUACAAAAGAAAGGCAACUCCCAGUACUGAUAAUUACUUGGCUGAUACGAUGGAUAUGACGAAAAGCUCUCAAGAAAAUAGAAAUAAAAAGCAGGAACUGGAUGAUCUAGAUACAUUCUUUUUAAGCAUGAGUAAAACUAUGAAAAAACUCCCAAGACUGGAUCAAAUCCGAAUUAAAAUGGAUUUGCUUUUAAAGCUAGAAGUGAAGCAGAGAUCAAACAACUGGAGUCACAACAAUAUGUUUUGA